UGCAAUGGGACGAAUUUAACGAUAUAUCAAUCACGAAGUUUCUCGGAAUCGCCAUCAUCUAUCUCAGUGCCAAAAAAUUACAAAUUGUUUCGACCUACUUAAGUCUAGUUCAAUUGGAAGAAUGCAAUGCUGAUACCAUCGUCCGGGCUGUAGAAGAAACACACAUCUGGGGUUGGACAGUAACAAGUUAAUGGCUAUUGGCAUGGAUAACGCCAGUGUUAUAAUCGGAAUUAAUAAUGGAGUGCACGCAAAACUAAGAAAGAAGGUUCCAGAUUUAAUUCUGUUACGGUUUACUUCUCAGCAUCGGCGCGUAUAUGUGACCAAUGGAUUAAGGUGGGAAGUCCCUUCAAUAUUGCCAAGGAUUCGGAAAAGUGCUAUUCUUCGAUUGUUCUUCACGAAAUGUAUAAGAACGAAAUGAAUUUGGCAUACAUUUUAUUUUUAAGGCCCAUCUUGUCAGAUAUACAAAGAACCAACAAAUGUUUGGAAUCGAACAACACAGACCCGACAAAACUUUUUCAGGAUCUUACUUUGUUAGUACGCUCAAUCGCAGCAAAGAUGGUUUUACCUACCUACAAGAUUGAUGUUUUGACGAGUCAAAUUCAGAAUUAUUUGGAUCCCACAACUUACCUUGGAUUUGCGGUAGAAACCAAGUUGGAAGAACUUUCGUUCUACAUGAAAAGCUUUUCUUCUUGCUUUAUUCAAACAGUUGCAACAAAGAUCACCCGUGAAUGUUGCGAUAUUUGAGAAAAUUUCUCUUUUAUCAGUAGCCAAUAUGCUUUCGGCUUCCAAACAAAAUUUGAAUUUAUUAUUCAAAAAUUUCAAUAUUCCAGAGAAAAAAGUUGCUGAAAUUGAUAAUCAAUGUUUUAAAGUUCAUUUGUUAUAAUGGAACGUGAAGAAAGACACUGUUACAUUUUAGAAUGAAUAAUUUAAGUAUGUUGAUGCUUCUGGUAUGAAUCCCUUCGAAGAGUCGGUCAAUUUCGCAAUUGGUGUGCUAUUUUUGCCCCAUUCCAAUGCUGAGAUCGAAAGGCUUUUUAGCUAAAUGAACCUAGUCAAAACAUAAUUGAGGAAUACGUUCAAACUUGACAUGAUGAACGCAAUUUUGAUGAUUCUUUAUGGUCUUAAACGCUACGAAAAAUGUUGUAAGAAUUAUGAAUACCCUAAAGACGUGCUUCAAUCAAUAGGAUUAUCUCAAAAAUAUUGUACAAGUAGUGCAAAUCACAAUAUACAAAAUUCUUUGGCAGAAUCAAAUGAUGUGACUGCAGCCAUCGAAGAAUUUGUUUUAUUUUUGAUCACUGAUGAACAUGGUGAUAAUAAAAAUUUUUUGUGAACGUAGUUUUUGUUAGUAUGUAUUUCUUAGUAUGUUUAAGUGGACUGAACAAAAA